AUGGCCCAGAUUGUGCCUGACUUGCAGAGGACACUGGAAGCAACCCUACAAGCUGCCUUUGAUAAACUUGCACAAAACACGACUACAGCUGCCUUUGAUAAUCUUGCACAAAACAUGACUACGGUGGCGGAGGUCCAAAUCCCUUGCUCCAACAUAUUCUCUUGUGUUCCUCUGGGGUCAAGCUGGAAACUAACUGCAUGUAUUCCACCGCAGGCGCAGAAAACCAAGAAAUUUCAUGAACUAUCAAGACAUAUUCACAAGUCAGCUGUGAAAGUGGUUAUUGGAAACCAGGUGGAGGACACAGUCACCAGCAGUUUUGCAUCAUUUAUCAAUGGGAUGCGCCCUGAGCAUCUGUCUGAUGUUGUCUGCCACAGAAGUAAACGCAUGAUACUGGACAACAUUGGCGUGGGGUUGAUUGGAAGCACAACACAUGUUUUUGACGUUGUGCUGAAAUACUGCCAGAACCUGCAUAUCUCCUCUUAUGGUAGCCCUGCCCUCUGUUCAGUCUACGGCAAAAAAGGUUUAACGCUGUCACCAACCCUUGCAGCUUAUGUUAAUGGUGUUGCUGCACACUCCAUGGACUUUGAUGAUACAUGGCACCCUGCCACUCACCCAUCGGGUGCUGUGCUUCCUGCAAUCCUGGCACUCUCUCAGUUGCUUUCACAUGACAAAAGAGUCACCGGGAAUGAUCUCCUGACAGCUUUCAAUGUGGGGAUAGAAAUACAAGGAAGGCUUAUGAGUUUUUCUAGUGAAGCAAAGAGUAUUCCAAAAAAGUUUCAUCCACCUUCUGUUGUUGGCACCAUGGGAAGUGCAGCAGCCUCAGCCAAACUACUUUCAUUAGACAAAGAUCAAUGCACCCAUGCCUUGGCUAUUGCAGCUUCUCUUGCAGGUGCUCCAAUGGCAAAUGCUGCCACUCUAGCUAAACCAUUACACAUUGGCAAUGCAACUAGACUAGGCCUUGAGGCUGCAAUUCUGGCUGCUAAUGGUAUGGAGGCAAACUCUCUUAUACUAGACGAUGUGCCUGGCUGUUCAGGUUUUAGUGCAUUUUAUGGUGACUAUAAGCCUAAGGCUCUCCUUUCACCAGGAAAGCAUUAUGAGUUUCUUCUUGAGAAACAAGACAUUGCUUUCAAGUCUUUCCCAGCACAUUUAGGAAUGCACUGGAUUGCUGAUGCUGCUGUCUCUGUGAGAAGCAGGUUUGAAGAACAGUAUGACUCAUUUAACCCAUCCGCCAUUCAAACUAUUGUACUCAGAAUUCCAGUCUCUAAAUACAUUAAUAGACCCCACCCUGAUUCAGAACACCAGGCUCGUCACUCCUUCCAGUUUAAUGCCUGCACUGCUCUACUGGACGGUGAAGUCAACAUCAGUUCGUUCAAUGAAGACAGAAUGUUUCGUAAGGACAUCCAUAAUCUCCUAAGCAAAGUAGUAGUGGAACAUCCAGAGGACAAUGAAGCCAACUUUGACAAGAUGUAUGGAGAAGUGUCCCUGCUGCUUAAAAAUGGUGACAUGAUUACUGGAAAAUGUGACACUUUUUAUGGGCACUGGAGAAAACCUCUAAGCCGAGAAUCUCUACUAAAGAAAUUCUUAUCCAAUGCUGGAAAUGUCCUACAGGAAGACCAGAUUCAAGGUGUAAUUCAAAUGGUGGAAAAUCUAGAAAGUGUCACAGAUAGCUCACAGUUACCACUUUUGCUCCAAUAAAUCCAGAAAUGUAUUUUUAUUGCAAUAUUUCAUAGCUGAAAAGUAAAAAGCAAAAAUGUACUACACAGGUAUAUAAUAAGGUGCAGAGGUUAUUCGAUAGUAAAUAGUGCCCUAGAAAAAAAUUAAGUG